AUGGAGGCUGUUUUAGACUUUUCUCGGGACUUAGACAUCCAGCUCCUAGAUCAAGUGGUGGAUACCUUUUUCAAGGGCUCUGGUGCGUCUCAAAAGGAGGCACAAGAGGUUCUUACUAAAUUGAAGGACCAUCCAGAUGCUUGGCAAAGGGCUGAUAAAAUCUUGCAGUAUUCAAAUAAUCCGCAAACGAAGUUCAUUGGGCUUUCCAUUUUGGAUAAGUUAAUUACGACGAAAUGGAAGAUGUUACCUCAGGAGCAUAGACUUGGAAUUCGUAAUUUCAUCGUUGGAAUGAUUAUUUCAAUGUGUCAAGAUGAUCAGGUUUUCCAAACUCAGAAGAAUUUGAUUCAUAAGUCUGAUUUAACCUUGGUUCAAAUUCUUAAGCAGGACUGGCCAGAAAACUGGCCAGACUUCAUCCCGGAGUUGGUUCUCAGUUCCCAAGCUAGUGUAAACGUAUGUGAAAACAACAUGGUAAUGCUAAAGUUAUUAAGUGAGGAAGUCUUUGAUUUCUCUGCAGAGCAAAUGACGCAAGCUAAAGCACUACAUUUAAAACAAUCUAUGGAUCAACAAUUUGAACAGAUUUUCAAUCUAUGUUACGAAAUUUUGGAAACCGCAUCUUCUCCAUCCCUUAUGGUGGCCACUUUGCAAUCUCUUUUGAGAUACUUGCAUUGGAUCCCAUACCGUUACAUCUACAACACUGAUAUUUUGCAAUUGUUGAGUACGAAAUUUUUAGUCUCUGCUGACACCAGAGCUAUUACUUUGAAAUGUUUGACUGAAGUUUCUCAACUUGAUAUUCCAGCAAAUGACCCAAAGAUUGCUUCGUUAACUGUAAUGUUUUUCCAAAAUGCUUUGCAACAAAUUGCUGUUAACGUUAUACCGGUGAAUGCUGACUUGAAGAACACAUAUGCUACUGCUAAUGGCAACGAUCAAUCAUUUUUGCAAGAUUUUGCCAUGUUCUUGACUACCUAUUUGGCCAGACACCGUUCAAUAUUAGAAGAUGAUGAAUCCUUGAGGGAACUAUUAAUUACUGCGCAUCAAUAUUUGAUUGAACUUUCGAAGAUUGACGAAAGAGAAUUGUUCAAAACGACUUUGGACUACUGGAAUAAUUUGGUUUCGGCCUUGUACCAAGAGGUGCAACAAAUCCCUCAAAAUCAGAAUAACGUCCUAUUGAAACUAUCUCAAGGAUCGAAUAUGUUCUCAGGGAGCAAUGGUGCUCCUCACCCGGAAUUCUUGAAAAGGUUCCCGUUAAAGAAACACAUUUACGAUAACAUCUGUUCUCAGUUAAGAUGGGUUAUAAUAGAAUCGAUGGUUAGACCAGAGGAAGUUCUUAUUGUGGAAAACGAUGAAGGUGAAAUCGUCAGAGAGUUUGUUAAGGAGUCGGACACAAUUCAGUUAUAUAAGUCCGAAAGGGAAGUACUUGUUUACUUGACGCAUUUAGAUGUUCUUGAUACUGAAGACAUCAUGUUGAAUAAAUUGGCAAAGCAACUUGAUGGCUCUGAAUGGUCAUGGCACAACAUCAACACAUUGUGUUGGGCUAUUGGUUCUAUUUCUGGUACUAUGGACGAGGAAACUGAGAAAAAAUUUGUCGUUACAAUCAUUAAAGAUCUUUUAGCCUUGACUGAUAAAAAGCGCGGUAAGGACAACAAGGCUGUUGUUGCAUCGAACAUUAUGUACGUUGUCGGUCAGUACCCACGUUUCUUAAAAGCUCAUUGGAAGUUCUUGAAGACAGUCAUUCUAAAACUAUUUGAAUUUAUGCAUGAAACCCAUGAGGGUGUUCAAGAUAUGGCCUGUGACACCUUCAUCAAGAUUGUACAGAGAUGUAAACGUCACUUUGUCGUUCAACAGCCAAACGAAAGUGAACCUUUCAUCCAGGCAAUAAUUAGAAACAUUCAAGACCACACCUCCGAUCUUCAACCUCAGCAAGUACACACAUUUUACAAGGCUUGCGGUUUAAUUAUUUCUGAUGAAAGAAACCCAGGAGAAAAACAAAGAUUACUAGCAGAUUUGAUGCAACUCCCUAACAUGGCAUGGGACGCUAUAAUUCAGCAAUCAUCUACUCAUCUGGAUAUUUUGUCGGACCCUGAAACUGUGAAAAUCGUUACCAAUAUUCUAAAGACAAACGUUGCCGUUUGUUCCGCUAUGGGUAAUGACUUUGCUCCGCAGUUGAGUCGUAACUUCACACCAAUGAUGUCAUUGUGCUCAGCUGUGUCUAGAUGUAUUUCAACACAAGUAGCCAGCGAUGGGAUUAUUGCUACUAAGACUCCAAAGGUAAGAGGUUUAAGAACAAUCAAGAAAGAAAUUCUAAAAUUAAUGGAAUUAUACAUUUCCAGUGCAAAGGAUUUAGACUACAUCGUAAAUGACUUGGCAUCAGCACUGUUUGACUCUGUGUUACGGGAUUACUACAUUACCGUACCAGAUGCCCGUGACGCUGAGAUUUUAAGUUGUAUGACCACACUUGUCAACAAAGUUGGGCCUAUGAUGAUCAGCGGUGUCAUUUUGAUUUUACAGAGUGUCUUUGAAGCUACAUUAGACAUGAUCAAUAAAGAUUUCACGGAAUAUCCGGAACAUCGUGUGGAGUUUUAUAAAUUAUUGAGGGCCAUCAACUCCAAGUGUUUCGUAGCGAUAUCUCAACUACCACCACCGGCUUUCAAACUUUUCGUUGAUGCCAUAUGUUGGGCGUUCAAACACAACAACAGAGAUGUUGAGGUAAAUGGGUUACAAAUUGCUUUAGACCUUAUUCAAAACGUUGAUUCCGCUAGUCCGUCUGAAUUCUCUAACGAUUUCUACAAGAACUAUUACUUCACAUUCCUUAGCGAAACCUUCUAUGUCCUCACUGAUUCAGAUCACAAAUCUGGAUUCAGCAAGCAAGCUCAUCUUUUAAUGAAUUUGAUUGCCAGAGUAGAAGAAAAUAGAAUAGCUGUACCAUUAUACAAGGAAGAUGAAGCUCCUGCAGUCACUUCUAAUCAAGCUUACUUGGCUAACUAUCUAGCAACCAUGUUAAGCAAUGCAUUCCCUCAUUUGAGUGGUGAACAGGUUAUGAACUUCAUUCAAGCGCUACUCAAACAAUAUCAUGAUCCAAAGCAUUUCACUGGUACUAUUAGAGAUUUCUUGGUCCAGAUCAAGGAGUUCGGUGGAGAUCCAACCGAUUAUUUGUUCGCAGAGGACAAAGAACAAGCUCUCGCGGAACAACAUAAACUUGAAAGAGAAAGAGCUUCCAAGAUCGGUGGGUUAUUGAAACCAUCGGAAUUGGAUGAUGAUGAGUAA